ACAGGUUCGUGAUUACGUCCCCCAGGAGACGGCGAUUGCAAUAUAUAAUUCGCUGAUAACUCCUUGGUUUGACUACUGCGAUGUGGUUUGGGAUAAUUUACCAAAAACAUCAGCUGACAGACUCCAAAAAAUGCAAAAUCGCGCAGGCCGAAUUAUAACUCAGAGUAAUUAUGAAACUAGGUCGCGCGACAUUUUAAUGUCUCUAGGAUGGGAAAAUCUUCAAAACAGGCGGAAGAAACAUAAAGCCACAAUAAUGUACAAGACUUUGAAUGCUCUUGCACCUCAAAGUUUAAGAGACCGCUUUGAGUAUCAAACUACAAAAUAUAAUUUGCAGAAGGGAGAAAAGUGUUUAAAAUUAUCGAAACCAAACACUGAGUACCUCAAACGUGCGUUCUCCUAUGAAGGUGCAAAAGCAUGGAACUCUUUGCCUUCAGAUAUUAAGUCAGCUAGAAGUAUAAGKGAAUUUAAAAGAAAGCUUUCUUCUGUUGGACUCUCAUAAACUUUUUUAGCUGUCUAAAUUGUAUUCUUAUUUAACUCGACAUUCUUGUAAAGCAAUUUUUAUAUUGAUAGAAUUUUUUUUCGAGUAUAAAUAAAGUAUCACUCACUCACUCACUCACUCACACCAUGAGGGUUUGCUCAAAACAUUUCUAAGACAGUGUUUACCGUCCUUCAAACUACUCAGGAAAAAGACUUCUUAAAGCUGGCGUCGUCCCUACAAUGUUCAAGUAGUCUGGUAAAACCAGUCACAGUUUCACAAAACACAGUUUCACCGCAGUGUUCUUCUGUGUAAUGGGGAUGCCCGCUACAACCCAACACUUUCUUUUUAUCCGUUUCCUAAAGAUGCAACACUAAGAAGUGCCUGCAUUACAAAAGUAAGAAAUACGAAGGACCCUAUUUCAAGGUAAAUAUGAAAAACUGGUCUUUGCUUUCUUCAGUAAGAUAAUAGUUUUGUUCUCUUUUUAGAUAACACACAGCAUGAGGGUUUGCUCAAAACAUUUCUAAGACAGUGUUUACCGUCCUCCAAACUACUCAGGAAAAAGACUUCUUAAAGCUGGCGUUGUCCCUACAAUGUUCAAGUAGUCUGGUAAAACCAGUCAAAGGAGAAAAUUUAUUAGACAAGUUGAUAGAUUCUGGUCAACAGCCCCUAUACCCCAUGGACGUGAUGCCUUCGUAGCAAUCUGUCCUUUUCGUGGUUCACCCCUGAAGGGGGUGGACGGCUUUCAAAAAAUCAUUUUACAAUAAAACUCCUAUCAUAAUGUGGCCUUAAUAAGAGCUGUUUUUUUUUGUGAUGUCUUGGUUUUCUCCUCCGGAUUAUUUCUUGUAGCAUCUUUGUGCACCCUGAGGUCUCAUUCUUUCGUUACCAGGGAGGAACAGUGGCAAUACAUCGGUAUCUGUAGCUAAAUAAGUGCGUGUUCUUUCUCUAACUUUGACUUCCUGUGAUGAAUCGAAAUCUUACGAUGAAAUCAGUCUGCAUGGUGUCUUGCAUAUUGUGAAAACACAGGCAGCCCAAGCUUGAAAUUCCUGGUCGAUUUUAAAGGAAAAUGUUAAAUGAAGAGAAUCAGUAAAUAUUAAGACUUGCUGUGUUUCUUAGAAUUGUGGAAGAGGUUCUAAUGAGUUAACCGACAGUCCAUGAGAAGCCCUCCCUGUAUCGGAAAACAUUGCCCAUGCAGUGAAUCGUCUAAUAAAAAAACCUAAGACCAAAUUACCACAAAGAUUUGGAUUUCAUGUUGGAUCUGCAAGCCAUUCCUCAGGAAUUCCUACAAGCCGACAUUUAAGUAAGAUAUUGUAGGCACUCGUUUGUCUCAAAUGCCCAGCUGCGGAUGCUGUCAGCUGCCAAGACCUGGUACAUAGAUAGUACUUUUAAAGUUGUCCAUUGGCCAUUUACACAACUUUUUACCAUAAAUACCUUUGUCAAAUCCAAUAACAACGCAAAACAGCUUUCCUUGGUAUUUGUGGUGCUGUUGGAAAAGAAGAAAAAAAGACGACAAAAAAAGUAUAUCAUAAUAUUGAAUAUACAACAACUUGGUCUCCAGCCUUUGUACCAACAGAAUGAAGACGUCUACAAGUACGUGAGAAAAAUGAUGGCCCUUCCUUUCCUGCACCAUCAUUAGAUUCCAUGUCAGUUCAAUAGACUCAAGUCCCAAGCCAACAGGAGAGCACUGCGAGAAUUUGUUCAGGACUUUGAUGGCCAAUGGAUGUAGUGGACCGUUCAUCCACCAAAGACUUGGAGUGUCUUUGGACAGCCAAUCAGGAUCAAUAAUGACCUUAAAGGAUGGCAUCAUGCCUUGAACCAAUGAGCCGGGAGUAGAUGUCACAUUCAAUUUUACGAAUUAGUCAAGCUUCUGCACAAUGAAGCUAGAAUCUGCGAACUCAGUAUUAGGUUGAUAAGUAAUGGUAAGCUCAAGAGAAUUCCGAAGAAAAAAAUAUCAUAAGCUCCAGGCAAAAACUUUUGACAUGUGGGAGUAGUACCAGAGAAGUGAGAAAUCAGUCACACAACUUUUAAGAGCUUGUUCCACCCUCAAUGGGCCUUCAAGAAACUAAUAGAGUAGAAUAAAAAUAAACUUUAUAGUCUUGUCGUAUUGAUAGA